AAUCAAAAUUCAACCUUCAGACUCUUCUUCCUUUGCCAAUACAGUCAGACUAUUUCAUCUGGGCUUCUUAAAUCUAAGCUACUAACAUGACUAAGUUUUCUUCUUUUUUUCUAUGUUUCCUACUAGCCGGGACUUAUAUGACUCCAGAGUGUUUCAACAUGGAGAUUAUUGGCGGGAGAGAAGUAUCCCCUCACUCCAGGCCGUUUAUGGCGUCCCUGCAGUAUGGCGGCGACCACAUCUGUGGGGGAGUGCUGAUCCAUCCUCAGUGGGUGCUCACAGCAGCCCACUGCCACUUGCGGUUUGCCAAAAGCCAGUCUUCCAAAGUGGUUUUAGGAGCACACUCUCUCUCAAAGAAUGAGGCCUCCAAGCAAAGAUUUGAGAUUAAAAAAUUCAUACGAUUCCCAGGAUUUGCAUUAGCCCCUAAAUCAAAUGAUAUUAUGCUGGUUAAGCUUCACACGGCCGCAAUACUCAACAAACAUGUCCAACUGCUCCACCCAAGAGCUAAAAAUGAUAUUAAAGCUGGAACAAAAUGCCAGGUUGUUGGCUGGGGAGCCACUGACCCAGAAGGCUUAAGCCUUUCUGAUACCCUGCGAGAAGUGACUGUCACUGUCAUAAGUCGGAAAACGUGCAACAGCCGAGAUUAUUACAACCACAACCCUGUUGUAACUAGAACCAUGCUAUGUGCAGGAGAUGCCAGAGGCCAGAAGGAUUCCUGUCAGGGUGACUCAGGGGGCCCCUUGGUCUGCAAAGGUGCCUUUCAUGCCUUAGUUUCUGGAGGUCCCAAAUGUGGUGAUGCCAAGAAACCUGGAAUCUACAUCCUAUUAACCCGGAAAUUCCAAGCUUGGAUCAAAAGGAACUUGGCCCCAUCUCAUGCAGACUAAGACUACAGAUGAUUUUCUUGGCUCUAUCAGCUGCUUGUUUUCAUUUUUGUUUCAUUAAUGUGUUCUACAGGCUAACUUAUCUGCACAGGUACUUGAAUGUAGUUAAAGUGGAGCACAGUCAAGGUCCACUCCUGACCUGUUAGGACUGAUUUUGUUGAGGAAUCAAGUUCUUUUUCACAUGUACCACUGAUGUAUUUCUUCUAUGCUGCUUUUAUUCUGAAUAAAAUUUAGAAUAGA